AUGUUGUUACUUCCCCUGCUCGUGGCCUUGACCCUGGCUCAGGAUGACGCCUCGACGACACCAGCGGAAUUUUAUGAAACGGAGACACCCGUGUUUGAGUUAGUCAUCUUUCUAAUAUUAUAUACUCAGCUACGUUUCAUAGCCACGCAACGUCUGUGCACCUACAAAGCCACUCGCCAUUGCUACGUUUCAUAAGCGCAUUUACAAAACCAUAUCAUCACAUUCUCAUUUGACUGUCGCAUAUCGUAUCAAUCUAUAAUUGAAGAUCAAUAUAAAAUUAAAAUUGCUUAGACUAACCAUAUUUCAUAGCGUUGUUAAUAGUUGUUUAUAGUCCAUUAAAGAAUAACGUACUGAAAACUCUCAGGAAAUCAUUACAAAUGAAACAAACACUUAUAAAACAACGUUUUUCGUAUAAAUACUUUAUAAAGUGUAACUUCGAGCAAUUUUUUUUUUUUUUUUUUGGGGGGGGGGGGGGGGGAAAUUUGACAAGACAUACAUACGAGUAACGCACGUUAUAAGAAUCCCAAUAGUUCCUCCUCCCCCAUUUCAAGGCUCACAACCGCACAUUUCUCCACGCCCCUGAACUCUAUUAAUAUUCUAAUGACCCACCCGCUUUUACACCGUGGAUUUAUUUCACUGACAAUGUCAAAAAAAAAAAAAAAAACGGAAAAGAAAAUAUUACGCACCAAACGAACAUUUGAUAUUUUUUAAAGAAAGAAUCUCAGUUAUGGGGAAUUUCAUUUUAUCUUCCCACUGAAAGAUCAGGAAACACUGAUUGCUGGGGAGAUGGGACUGAAAUUUUGUGAGAAUGUGCCAAGUUUCAGCUCGAAAGGUUGACGGGAAGUGGGCCAAUUGGCCGUCAGAGUAUUUUGCAAGCCAGCCACGAACAAAAGCGAAGUUAAUAUAAUUUAAUGUAAAGGAUUUUUAAAAAUAAUUCUAUUUAGAAAAUAAUAGUAAAAGCAAUGUGUAGACUUCUCGGCCGCUUGGUUCAGAUCAAAGUUCAAUAUUUCUCUCCGCCAUGUUACCAAACCUUCUUAGAUGGAUACAUUUCAUCUUCUCUGUCUAGCCACAGCCGGGAAAAGGGCAGACUUUGAAAGGAUUACCCUGGUAAUGUAGUACAUCUUGAUUCCGUAUCGUUUCAUAUGUCUACACAUUUUUAUUCCGUUCAUAAGAUUUGUUUUAAAAUUAACUGUUUUGUUGUUGCUUUGUUUGUUGUCGUUGGUGUGCUCCAGAUAGUAGCUGAAGCAUAAAUUUGGAUCAUAAAUUAAUUUUGUCACUGUAUAUCGCCAAGUUUAGAUUGUUUUUUGUUUACAUUUUGAAGUCUUGUCAUUAAUAUUAAUAUAUAACACAGGGUUAGCUCGCCGCUUGAAAUCAAUAGGUUACACCAGGGUUUCCCAAACUUUCAACAUGUGUGUACCGCUUAGAGACCGAACGAAAGUGAUUUUCUGAUUUCGACCGAAGCCGAAAUUAAACCGAAAUUUAACUCUUUUUUUUUCGUCCGAAACCAAAGCCGAAAUAUUUAGGUAUUUUGAAAUUCUUCCACGCAUACAUUCUACAUACACAAAAAAUGAUGGGAGAAAGUAUCAACAUUUACAUUAUUUUAAAAAAAAAUGAGAUCAUCGUGAAUAUUAAUAAAUAAACAUUUAACGGAUACCUUGGCUUUUACUAUUUUAAUUUAAAAGUAAUAUACAUUUCUUAAAAAUCUUUUUUUUAAAAAGUAGUAUAAGAAGAGAAAAUUUGGAAAAAAGUAGUAUAAGAAGAGAAAAUUUGGACCGGAUUUGGGGGGGGGGGGUAGGGAAAAAUUCAUGCAAAAUAGACCCUUGAGUCCCCUUUUCUUUUAUAAUAUGACUACAAUCUAGAACAUAUACCUAUAGUAAUUAUUGUGGCUCUAAUAAAGCCAAUUGUCACCCAAAUAUCAGUUAUUAAGGCAAUGGAAAUAUCACCAUAAUGUUUUGUGGUUUUCGUCAUACUAAUGCUUUGUGUUUUCAUAAAUAGCUCUCAAGAUAUCCCUGUAUUAAUAUCUAGCCUAGUACAAACACAUUAGUCUUACUGUGCUGGUGACGUAAUUAUUUUGUUCGGUGACCAACUUCCCUCACCUUCUUUGGUGAGGGAAAUUAUUAUUUUUUUUAACCGGGUCUCUGAAAAUAUUUCUUCUGACGGGUCUCGACGGAGAAUCGCAAGACCUCUAAAUUGGUCGCCUAAAGCAUAAACAUUAAAGUAAACAGGUCUGCAGUAGGCCUACUACAUAGUUUUAAUACAAGCCAGUGAUGCAUGCACGCACUUGUUAUUUCGUCAGUAACAAUGUUUAUGAGCAUGGUAAUGAUGAAUUUCAAGAAAUAAAUGAAUUGAAAAAGCCUAGGAUUCCUUAAUUCAAAAAAAAUAAAUAAAACAAAAAUAAUAGGAGAAAUGUUACCAUUAUUCACAUUUGCCUAUGACAAAAUUGAUGAGCAUGAUAAUCAUAAGUCAAAUUGAAUAUCACAAAUGAAGGAACUGAAUAAACCUAGGGUUCCAAAUUUUAUUUAAUUUUUUUUUUUUUAAAUAAUGACAUGAAAUAUUACUAUUCUCCUAGUUUUCUUCCACAAAACUGUUUACAUUUGCCUAGGCCUAAUUAAAAUUUAUCUUUUUGGAAAGAAAGGACAAGUAGGUCGUCAUGCAUCUGUGAGCAGUUUUCGAAGAGUAUUAGUCAUAUAGCAUACGAUGACAGCUAGGCGUACAGCAAUAAUGAAUAUCGGAUUGCCAGCCUAGAGACAGACAGCCUGACCUCUGGUAGAUGACCGAAAACCCCAGUCACUUUCGGCAAGAUGGCCGAAAGUCCCAAUCACUUUCGGCCGAAAUCGAAAUUAAACCGAAAUUUAACUUUUUGUUUUCGGCCGAAACUAAAAUUAGGCCGAAAUUGAUCAAAUGGCCACUUUUGGCGACGAAACCGAAGCUGAAAUUCGGUCGGUCUCUAGAACCGCUGUCUAUAAUUUUCGUAACACUGAGUCACCCCUCGUUACAAAUAAAAAAAAUGCAUACACUUUAAUAACAAUAUAAAGAUAUGUAUUUUUUUCCUUUGCAGUGCGUACCCCCACAAAACUCUUCCCGCACCCCAGAGGAACGUGUACCACACUCUGGGAAACACUGGGCUAGAACAUUGAAGAGGGUUUUAUAAACUCGAUAGAAGCUUCACCUCCCACAUCAAAACUUCACAUAACGAUUAAUUAAUCUAUUCAAAGUUCCUAAAUGUAUUCCGUAACAUAUUUUUUUUAAAUGUACACAUUAAUUCUAGUCAAAAGAAAACCAUUAUGUACGUCGAUUUUUUUUUUUUUUUUAAAAAGGGUAGCUUCCCUUCCCACGUUUUCAAAAAAAAACCAUUAUAUCCCUCCAUUUUUUUUUUUUUUUUUUUUUAAACAGAGUAGCUUCCCCUCCCACGUUUUCCACUUCGGAUUAGUUCCGAACUCCCGUUUUAUGCUUCUUAAAACUCACUUCCAGCAAGUUGAGUAAGGGCUAAUUUUAAACAGACGCAAAUAGUUUACUUUUUAAAAAAAAAAAAGUAUACUUUCGAUCUGAAAAGUUUAUUUUCUUUCAAUUCAUGGCAUCGCCAUCAAUGUUUACAAAUGACUUUUCCAAUGAUUCGCAGCUAAACAGUGACCGUGGCCAAGCAAAUGAAAGCAGAACAGACUUAGAUCUAAUUGCUCCUUUCUCCCCGAAAAUAUACAGUUUUCUCUAAGCCGUCAUAUCACAUAGCUCUCAAACUUGGAUACUGUCAGGCAAAUUUGAAAAAAAAAAAUUAUAAGAAUCAAUUACAUUUUUUUAUUUAAAAAAAAUAUAUUUAUGGGUGAAUGGGAGGUGAUCGCUGAGCACCGUUCCAGCUGGUGAACAGCAGUGUGUGAAGUAGUAAAAAAAAAGGUUGAAGAUGCGCGAAACGAAGCUCUUGCAAGAAAUUAUGGAAUGCCAAAUUUAACCAGGAGUCAAUGUUUUCCUACGAGAGGUGCAGCCGAGACUGUCAUUCCAGAAUCGGCCAAGUAAGCCAUUUGAUGAAGUUUCCAUAGUUACUCCAUCGUCUCCCGAACACGGAAGGAUUACAUAUAUAUAUAUAUAUAUGUAUAUAUAUAUAUAUAUAUAUAUAUAUAUAUAUAUAUAUAUAUAUAUAAUAUAUAUAUUUUUAAUUAUUUUAUAUAUAUAAGAUUACAUAUAUAUAUAUAUAUAUAUAUAUAUAUAUAUAUAUAUAUAUAUAUAUAUAUAUAUAUAUAUAUAUAUAUACCGUAUAUAUUUUUAAAAUUAUUAUUUAUAUAAAUAUGUAGUAGUGCGUCGUGGUGAACUUGUGUAAUGGUUGGUGAUGGGUGAUUGGGUGUACCAAGACUAACACUGACAGUUACUAAUGAAAAAAAUGAAGAAAAUGCAGGUCUCGAGGAUUAUAGCUUUAUUACUGCUCUACAGGAAAAAUUCACAAUGACGAAAUAAAAAAGUACAGGUCAACAAUGUCCUGACUAACAUAGCUAACAAUAAACAUGUUAUAUAAUCACGAAAUUACACGUGGGGACAAAAUAUACUUAACUAAGAAUGCAUGAUAAAUGAUACGAACGUAGUAUUGUUUUAUACGAAUGGCGAAGAUAAUUAUCUUGUCCUACCAAUGUUUAACUAUAAAAUAAACAACGUGCAGUGUUUAAUUUGAAACACGAGCACAUUGUUAAUGCUACACACAGCACCAGAGUGAGAUCUGAGGGCUAACAUAAAGAUCUUGAAGUUAUUAUGGUAUGCCAUCCAGGUAUGGUGCAUGGGCGCCCGCAGGUAGGGGCAAGGUGGGGCACUUUUGCCCCCCCCCGGCCCUGGAUUGAUUGGAUAAAAAAAAUUAGAAAAAAAUAGACAAAAAAUGUAUUAAAGUAAAGAGAAAAUAAAGAGACAGUAAAUAAGCUGAUGUCCUGUCCGUUCGAUCACCAUACAAAUACGCUACAUUAAAUUAAAACUAUAUUAAAACAUUAAUAAAAAAUUUUUGCCCCCCUCCUGGAAAGUUAAUCGAUUUUUUUUGCCCCCCCCCCAAGAAAGUUUUCUGCGGGCGCCCAUGGUAUGGUGUCUAUGUAAGAAGCACACAUAGCAGGAGAGUAUAUACAAUGGUAUUAAGCAUGACGACCGUUGGCUUGAUACUUGUAUCUAUCAAUCGCUGUGUUUUGUUAAGACAAACAGCAGAUUGCAGAAUGAAUAAUUAUAUGGAAUAUGAUCCUAACACAUGCACUAUUUCCUAUGUGAGAAUUUAGCAAACGGCAGGAGCGUUAGACUAUACACAGAUUGGACGUACAUGCCCUGGUUAUAUACUGUUGUAUCACUAGCUUAUAUGAUAAGCGCAUUGCAACAUGUGUCCCUAGAACGAUAUACAGAACCCUGGUCACUGGUAUCUAAUUUAUAAAUCCUAUUAGAGAAUUUAUUGAACGGUUGUAGGUUAACCUUUAAAAUAGCCUGAGCAUAAGUCUACACAGAAAUCUUCCAAUGUUAACACUCAACAAGUUCCUACUAAACACAGAAAUAAAAUGGCGUAUUUGCUUCUACUUACAGAGCGUUCCAAUGGGCCGCACUGAACAAUGGCACACUGCAGGGAUGCUGUUCAACCUCGAAUGACCCCCUACUUAGUGUGCACCCCUUUAUAAAGCCGUGCGCGGACAUAUGAGAGAGCCGCUCCGUCACACCGAAACCAAGUCGGUCUACGUUUUGCAUUCUGGCCAAUUUCCUGGGGUAAAAUGCCUAACUCUGGGGACUACACCAGAGUAAAAAUUAAAAUCCCUGACCAAAGCCCUAACUACUUAUAUGUGAUCUGUGCAGUGUUGUCUCAGCUCUCUAAGAUGCUAUUUUAUAUUUCACUGAGUUAAAUGGUUUUUGAGAUAUUUUAACUAGAAGGGGUGGGGACCACUAUGGAUGAAGGUGACAACCCCUUUAAUGACUAAAUGUUAAAAUAUCCUCCAACGACGGAGACUUGUAAAUAUGCUACGGAAUAGUGAAUAAAAUCUCCUUUCUAACUAGAUAUAAUUUUAUAACUUAAUACGCUAGGGUUCCCAAGAAAUAAAUUAUUGAAUUUCUAACUAAAGCGCACAUCGUGGUAUUUUAUUAAUUCCUCCCUAUGCGCGAGAGAAGCCGGUCGUACAGAGGCCGUCCGGACUGGGGUGAAAGGGAUACCUGAGAGGUCAGCCGGUCGUACAGAGGCCGUCCGGACUGGGGUGAAAGGGAUACCUGAUAGGUCAGCCGGCCGUACAGAGGCCGUCCGGACUGGGGUGAAAGGGAUACCUGAGAGGUCAGCCGGCCGUACAGAGGCCGUCCGGACUUGGGGUGAAAGGGAUACCUGAGAGGUCAGCCGGCCGUACAGAGGCCGUCCGGACUGGGGUGAAAGGGAUACCUGAGGUCAACAUUCCGAUCCAGUGCUAGGCGAGGUCACACGCGUUGGGCGCCAAACAUGGUUUUCGUACUAAUAGCGGGUGUCUCAAAAUAACUGGGCUAAUAGCGGGUUUCCAAAUAACGGGGUAUGCACUGCCACACACACACGCACUCACACACACACACACACACAUAUAUAUAUAUAUAUAUAAUUCUAAAAUCCGUUUUUCCAGUUUUUUUACAUGGGAGCCACAGGAACAACCAGAAGAACCAGAAAUGCCCCAAUUCCUGCCAGGAGGCUGGUAUCCUAUCAACCCCGAUGCUGACAACCGUGCACUGAAAUUCGGUUUGGACGCUGGGCAAAGAUAUUUGGCUGAACAGGGCCACAAUGGAGAAUUUGAACUCAUUGAUAUCAUAUCAGCCUCCUCUCAGGUACGUGGCCAUCUUACAGCACAGCAAUUCAACUGAGUGCUUCACUAGCAGUGGCGUAGGAGGUGUGGGGGAGGUGGCGGCACGCCCCCGGGUCGCACUAACCCUUGCCACGUCACUGCAACUACAAUGUUGUCUCUGGGGACAACAUGAUGUUCACACUCGGGUGCUGUUUCAUCCGAAGCAUCUAAACAUUAAGACUUCCUUAGCGAGGCUAUAAAAAGAAAAAAAAUAUAUUUUAGUGCGCGACCGUAAAAGUGAAUGACGUGUAUCGACACACGCGUCACUUCCCCUGCCCCUAACACUGUUAGCAACAUCCUAAUGUUUUUUGUUUUUGUUUUGUUUUUUUAAAGCGCCCUUAAAACUGUGCACCACCUCCUACCCUCCCGGGCAACUGGGGGUUAACGCUAAUUUAAUAUUACGUGUAUAAAAUUGGUACCUGGAAAGUGGUCGAAGAUGAAGACGAUUUGCGCUUGCAUUUAUUCCACAGAAAGCUCAACUACCCCCGCCCCCCCCAAGAAAAAAAGAGUAAAUUCAGAAACUAAAAAUAAAUUGGGCUUUGAUUUUGAUAUCUUUGCAAAGAUUAGGCCAACGCUAAGACUCCCGCCUAGACAUUUUGACUUGUGGCCGCAUCCUGUUUUGCAGUGGCGAAACUUAGCUAAAUGUCACUCGAGCCAACCCCCCCCCCCUUCCUAUAGUCAGAAGAAAGCGUCAAUGUUCCGAAAAAUUAGCUUGAUCCCAAUUAUUAGAAAUUAGGGUGGUGUCAAUUUGAACUUAACGUGAUCCCAAUUAGAAAUUAGGGUGGUGCCAAUUUGGACUUAACGUGAUCCUAAUUAGAAAUUAGGGUGGUGCCAAUUUGAACUUAACGUGAUCCCAAUUAGAAAUUAAUGAGAGUUAAAAAUUGCUUGUUUGUUUUUCGACGCACACACAGAAAGGUGCUUUAUUUACUUAUUUGAAAAUCAUUAAAAUCAAGCAAUCUAACGCAGUAUACGCUGUUGAAAUUUUUAUGGAGAAUUUUUUGUUACUCACUCAGUUUUAGCUGUCACGUUGAAAUUUCAAUAUUAAAAUAGCAAGAGGAAAACAUUAUUACGAUCGUCAUCAUGAUUGUACAAAUAGUAUUGAAAAGAAAUAAUUUUUCUACUCCAGAAAAAGCAAAUUUCACUAAAGUUUAUUUGUAUUUGGUCGAUAUAAGAAUAACGAUUUUGCGCCCCCCCCCCUUUUUUCCCCUAAAAUGCCACCCGGGGGUGUUAUCCCCUUUCACACCUCCCCAGUUCUGCCACCGCCAUAAACCCACUGCUGUUUUAAUCCUCCAAACUAUUAACAUUUUUGACUCAUUGUUCUUCAGACUGUUGCUGGGUACAACUACAAGUUCACAGUGAGAGUUAAAAGUGGUUGCAAGGUAAACACGGUGACGUCAACUGAUUAGAUCAUUGCGAGAGAAUUUGAUGAAUCGAGUUUAAAAAAAUAAGAAUAAGCAGACACUUUUGAGGUAUAAUUAUUGUUUUCACGGAGCUGCAGAGGCGUCGCUAGCUGGGGGGAGGGGGCGGGGAAGGGGGGAGGACAGAUGUCCCUGGCCGCCAGACUGGUUAGGGGCGCCAAAAUAAAUGUGCUUUGAUAUCAUUUUAUUGAUGAAAAUAAUGGGUUUUGGUAGUUAAAAAAGAAAGGGAUUCUCUUUAAAAUGAAAUCUUGUCCCCGGGCACCAAACAGUCUAGGGGCGCCAAACACUCUAGCUACGCCUCUGCGGAGCCGAAAGAUUCCACGUGAUGACUGAACGGAACACUGCUUUUCAGAGCAAUGGUUUUUCAGAGCAAUGGUUUUUCAGAACAAUGGCUUUUCAGAGCAAUGGCUUUUCAGAACAAUGGCUUUUCAGAGCAAUGGUUUUUCAGAGCAAUGGUUUUUCAGAACAAUGGCUUUUCAGAGCAAUGGCUUUUCAGAGCAAUGUCUUUUUAGAGCAAUGGCUUUUCAGAGCAAUGGCUUUUCAGAGCAAUGGCUUUUCAGAGCAAUGGCUUUUCAGAGCAAUGGUUUCGAUUAAAGACAACGGCAAACAUUGUAGGACAAGCUUUAAUUUUGAUUUUUUUUUUUUUAAAUAUAUUUUUUCUUUAAAGUUAAAAAAAAAUUUUUUUAAAUUUAUAUUUACUAUUUAAUUUUUGGUCUUUAAAGUAACACACAUUUUAGGCUUAUUCAUACAAUUUCAUCUUGUCAAUGUUAGAAACUAAAAAAAAAAAAAAAAAAAAAAAAAAAAAAAAAAAAAAAAAAAGAAUAAAGAAAGAAAACUAAACGCUUUAUUUCUCUCCAACAGACAUUUCAGUGCAGUUUUGCCGUGUUUGAAAGCAUAUGGGGGUCACCAGAAUUUAGCCUGACUGGAGCCGUUCAGUGCGAUAAGGAGUAAAAGGUAACAUUGACCAACGAUAUCAUUACGGCCUCUUAAAGACCAUUAGGCUUUAUCCCUCUAAUACAGCAUAUCUGAAGAGUCCUAAACAAUUCGGGUUAGAGGAUAAGAUAAGAUAAGAUGAGAUACGAUUCUUUAUUGAUAUAAAUAAAUGGAUUUUUAAAAAUUGCCUUGUACACAUUCAAUUUCUGCACAUAAAUAAAUAAAUAGUUUAACCAAUACAGUUUUUUUUUUACAAUUUUAACACAAGAUAUCUAAAGCAUUCCUCUAGCGUUGAAAUCAGCCAGCAUUGGACUCCCUUAGUGACAAUAAUGACUUAAUCAGCCAUCAUUGGACUCCCUUAGUGACAAUAAUGACUUAAUUACCCAUCAUUGGACUCCCUUAGUGACAAUAAUGACUUAAUUACCCAUCAUUUAGAGCAUUUCUAUUAAGGGCCGUAAGUUCUUAACCGUGGGAAAGACUGGAUGAGUUGCGCAUUUUCAGGUUAGCAUAAUCAAAAUUCUUCAUCCUUGUUUUUUUUUUUUAAUUGACGUUAAUAAAUUGCUUAAACCAGUGGGUCCCAACUUGAACGCAACGCACAACGCAGGCACUAUUAAAAAAAAGUGAGGAUUGUUGUCCAUGGCCGUUUCAGAAACGCUAUUAGCUUGUAAGAGAUACGAUACGUUUCAGGGGCUCUCACAUAGAUAUUGAUUCUAAAAAGGGUUCCACGACGUCAAAAAGGUUAGGAGCCUUUUUACCGUCAAGAUGGCUUCUCUUUUUUUUUAAUUUUUGAAGCAAUGAGAAAGUAUGUGGCUUAUUGCACCACCCUACACAAAGGUUAUGGCUGAUCAAAGGUUAUGGCUGAUCAAAGGUUAUGUCUGAUCAAAGGUUAUGGCUGAUCAAACGUUAUGGCUGAUCAAAGGUUAUGAUAUAUUGUGUAUAUUUAUAUAAAAAAACAUUUGAAAGAAAAUAACCUAUUAAAGAAUAUUGUUUAAAUAUAAUUGUAGUAAUUCUUAUGGAAACACAACCAUGUGACCAAAAAAACAACGAAUCUUUUUCACGUUUGUCACAUUGAUAUAUGAGGCUAUAUAAAAUAGGUCUUCUCACCAUGAUAUUUCUUGGGGUAUAUUUGAAUUUGUGAUAAUUAUUAUGUUUAAAAAAUUGUUUUCUAAAAUUCGAUGUCUCUAUAAAUAAAUAAGUGUAUGACUGUGUUGUUAUGUGCAUAUGUGGUUGUCCGUAUGUGUGCUUAUGUUUCAUGUACCAUGUGUCUACACGUAAGUGUCCACACGCAAAGGAUAAAGGGGUCACACUUUGUGACAUGUUGUGACCUCCUCAUUGAAAACUCACCAAAAAAAAAAUAAAUAAAUAAAUCAAUGGCGCAAUAAUCUCCGCCCCACAUGGCUGUGUCCACGUAGCUGUGUUCGCAUGGCUGCUGUAUUCGAGGCUUUCAACUACUCUAAUAGAGAUUCAUGCGUCAUGGGAUCUUAAAUAUCAACCGUGUUUCUGUCAACAAAAAUGUACAUUUCAAGCUCAAUGCGAAUCUUAACUGUCAUCAACAGACAGCGUUGCUUUGUGCGUGUUUCAUAAGUAGACUUGACUCUGCCCACUCCCGAGAAACACUACCUCAAAAUAGAUUAAACAACCCUUAUAAACAACGUGUUUUAACAUAAAUCCCUCAUAAUUGAGAGGGGGGGGGAGAGACUUUGACAAAACAUACUUACAAGUAACGCACUUUAAAAGAAUACCAAUUAGUGCCCCCCCCCCCCAAAAACCUUUUUAAGGCCCGCAACCGCACACCUUUCCACGUCCCUGAACUCUAUUAAUAUUCUAAUGAUCCAACCCCAAGGGUAUGAGAAUCACUGUUGUUAUGUGUAGAGCGUUGUUGUCAUGUUUGAUAGGGAAAAGAUGUUAGUUAGAGAUUUUAUGUGCAGCCGUAUCGUUUGUGUGAGAGUGUUGUGACGUAAUUGUGUAAUGGGAAGUGACGCGUUAGUUUUAGCUGUUGUUAGAGAAGAGAGAUGGCGGUUGUUGUGCUGAGAGAAUUGAUGGUGGAUAUACUGGAUGAAGUGUUUGGAUUGGUAUAUUGAUUAAUAUUGGGUUGGAGUGAUUGUAUUAUCAAAUUCUGAAAUUAUACAUCAAGUCUUGUUCAUCGAGUAGUGUUAAAUAAACUUCUGUUUACAACAAACCGGUUGAUGUUUGUUGCAUUGGUGACUGUUGCUGUAUAAUGUACUGCCGAACGGAAUGAAGUGAAAGACUUGGCCAUACAGAAGAAUCGCUUCUUGACAAUAUCAAAUAUAUCUUUUUAAAUAAUCUCAUUUAGAUCAGUUAUUGUGAAUUUUAUUUCCUGAAAUCCGUGUCAUCAUAUUUCCUUCAACUUUUUCUUGAAAAACAGGUAAAAACUAAUUGUUGGGGUUUGGCGUUGGUUGGGGGGGGGGGGGCUGAAAUUUAUUUGAAAAAAAAAUGUGUUGUCAUCAGCAGUGAGUCUAUGUGCCAAGUUUUAGCUUGAUAAUUGACGGGAAGUGGGUCAAUUAGCCGUCCGAAGAUUCUGUUAGCCAGCCACGAACAAAAGCGGAGCUAAUGUAAAGGAUUAAAAAAAAAAAAUAGUAUACAAGUUUGGAUCAACAACAACAAAAUAAAUAAAUAAACAAUAUUUAAAAUUAAAUAAGCAAACAAAAAAAUUCUUUUAAACAAAAUCUCCCAAAAACUCCAAUGUUUAUGACUCUCGUUUUUUGUGUGUUUAUUUGUAAAUGAGGGCAAAGGUUAGAGCACUUUAAGUCGUCGUGUGAAAUUCGCGUCACGUAUCUCCAUCACGACGUUGGUGUCAUGCAAACAUGUUGUUUUAAAUGCAGAUUUGUCGCGAUUUGUAGUAUAGUACAGGACAGUCUAUAAAUAGAUGACUAGAUUAAUCGAAAUAGAGCCUUUGCAAAAUAAUGAAUUUAAAUCGACUUAACCAUCUAGUUUGAAUAACAACGUGUUCAUCUCUGCAGGCUUCAAGAGAUGACAUUCACCACCCGACCAAAGACGUAUCCAGAUAAUCCCAUGUCCCAACUUAGGAUUAGUGCUGGCGAGGAAUAUAAUUUACUUUCAUGGAAAAAUGUUUGAAAUUUCAAAUAUAACAAACGACGUGAAAUGUAUAUAUCUUAUUGUUUUCAAAUUAUUUUCUCAGCACAGUCUUCUCAAAGGAA